GUCCUUGUGUCUAAAUUUAUCCGUGCUUCGGUAACCUCGUUGGAGUGUAAACAAACCAAGUGCGUUGCAUUUGUUUGAUGAUACAUUGAUUCACGUACUAGAGGCCGACGUCAUAAGGCAUGUGAAGACAUUUGUAAGCGCACGAGGCGCUGGUGUGUAACUUGAUCGCUCGAAUUAAUUCUUCCGCCUGUUACUUUGUUGCCACUACCGCGGAGCAAAAUGUCGGAGGCGCCCAGUUGGAAAAGAUUAAAAACAAACCUUCCUAUCUGUAAGACGCAUCAUGUAUUCAUCGGCAGUAAGGUUAAACAGAAUCUUCCAGCGGUCGUUGAGGAGAGUUUGUGUGGCGUUUCAACCCUACUCAUGGAAGUCGCUUAUAAGCUCCAAGCGCUGGGAAAGCUGUUCGAGCAGGACAACCUGGCUCUUCCCAGAGUUGCCGCCUUCUUCCAGGUAGAGUCUGAGAGGGAACAGGAACAGGCUGAGGCCAUGCUGAAUUACCUCAGUGAGCGUGGCGGACAAUACUGCAACAAAGACAUCAAGAGACCUGGUUGUGAGGAGAUCGGUGGCCUGCUCCCAGCUCUCGACGUGACCCUGACCGCCUGGAAGGAGGAGAUGGGCGUGAUGAUCGAGCUGUGCCGCAUCGCCCGCGAGCACGGAGACCCGCACUCGGCCAGCGUGGUGAAGCACCGCUUCCUGACCCCACUCGUCCCAAAGGUCAAGCUCCUGGGUGACCUCGUGACCAACGCUCGCCGAGUGGGGUGCAGCGCUGACGGAGCCGGGAGCUUUGGGGACUACCUGCUAGACCAGCUGCAGGAGGAGCUGACUUCCAGCGCCUGAGAGCUGAGGCCCUUUACUUAGGGGGGGUGCUCCAUGAGCAUGGUUCAGUGAUAAACCUGAUUAAGUCAACCUACAGACAUGGAGGGACACAUAUACCCAUAUACAUGUUCUGAAAAAUAUGAAUUCCCCCCACCCCAAUAAAUAUACUCUAAAUAUUUCCUAAUAUACAGUAUACGUAAUUGAUACUUUACAUCAGAUCAGCCUACAGAAAAAGGGUGAACCUGUUAAUAGAUAGCGUGCAGCCCUAAUUGAGUCAAGAACAUGAGGACUGCAGGCUCUUUAAUUAGUGGAUUAACCAAUUAUUUACCUCUAGGUUAACUUAACCUGGUUUACUACUGAACCACGUGGUCUUGGAAUACCCUCCUCCUUCUCCACCCUCCACUCCUCAUCACUCCUAUCUUAUGAGGGCUGUGGCCCACACACUCCUGGAUCUGUCUCAUCUGUGCCUCCUUCUUGUACUUGUGCGGUGUGCUCCUACUCAGCCAAAGAAAGAUGUGCUCAAUCCUGUAACCUGUUUAUCCUCUGAAACCAUUAGCUUGCUGUGACAUGUUUUGUAGUAGAGUGUGUCCCACAUGUUGGGAUUAGUGGAAGAAAGGACAACGCACUUUGAAGUGAUGAUGAUGGUAGACCUGAUUUCAAUGUAUUUUUGCUAUAGUGGCAAUCGAAUUGGUAUAGGAAAUGGCGGCUUGUGAAAAAAGUUGUGUAAUUUUGUCACUAGCGCCACUUGGAACAUUGUUGAUCCAAAGAUUUUAUUUAUAUAUAUUUUACAUAUAUACACAGCAAAGACACUCAUACAGUUUUGUAGACCAGACAGUAUUCAUCACUCCAUAUUUGGUCAAAAUUGCAUUUUAGGUCCUUAACUUCUGUCCAUGAUGAAUUUGCAAGACAAUCUGGAGCAUAUUUGUGUCCAAAAGGUAAUUAUUAUGCACUAUAUUUCAGGAUUGGUAGGUCUACAGUUUGUAUAAAAUUGUAUUUUAGUAGAGGCCUUUGCCUUCUCCUGUUAAUAUGUUUGGUUUGUUCAAUAUUUGUCACAAUAUUUUCUAUAUUCUUAAAAUGGGUUUAAACAGGGUGUAAAAAUGCUUGAAUGAAUAAAGUUUUGUUAUUCA